AUGAAUAUUGGUAAAUUCGAGGGCGCCAGCAGCCCUGAUAGCCGUAACUGCAUCUCAUCUUUGCACGUGCCUCCUUCCGCUUGUAAGGAGGAGGCGGACGCCGUCCUCUUCCUCUUCUCCUUCACCGACCGCUCGUCCUUCGAGGAGCUGCCAGCCCAGAUGAGCCGGGUGGUCGGCCCCGACGAAGAAAACCUCGUUAGGGUGGUCGUCGGCACCAAAUUCGACCUGUCCCCGCAGGCGGACGUGACGGAGGGGGACGUGACGGCCUUCGAGGAGAGCUGGGGGCUGCCGGUGCUGCGGGCGGGCAGCGGGCCGGGGGCCGGGGCGGGACUGGUCCUGCUGGACUUCGCCAAGGCGCAGGGGGAGCUGGGCUGGCUCACCCAGCCCUACGGCAAAGGGGUGAGCACCCGGGGCCGCGGGCGUCAGGCCCCGCUGGCCAGCAGCUCCCUGAGAGCCCACACCAGGGAUGGGGGCUUCCAUGGGAAUGGGGACAUCCCAGCCGUGGGGCUGGGGGCCACGGUGCAGCUACGCUGGUCGCCCCCCGCCGACCCGGGCGGCCGUGGGGACGUCACCUAUAGCGUCACCUGUGAGCAGUGCUGGCCGGAGAGCGGGGAGUGCCGGCCCUGCGACGGGGGGGUCCGCUAUUCGCAGCCCCCCCGGGGGUUGACAGCGACGGGGGUCACCGUCACCGACCUGGAGCCACACGUCAACUACACCUUCACCGUCGAAGCCCGGAACGGGGUGUCAGCCUACAGCCACCACCGUAGCGUGGCCACCGCCACCAUCAGCGUCAACCAGACAGAGCCACCCCGGGUGACAUCGGUGAGCCUGGAUGGACGGACGGCCACCAGCUUGGUCCUGUCCUGGACGGUGCCACCGCGGCAGCAGAGUCGGGUCUGGAAGUAUGAGGUCACCUACAGUAAGAAGGUCCGUCCCCUGAAGAGGAGGUCACGGCCACGCCAGUCCGCCGAGGACGUCUACUUCUCCAAGUCAGACCAGCUAAAGCCCCUCAAGACCUACGUUGACCCUCACACCUAUGAAGACCCCAACCAAGCCAUGCUCAAGUUCACCACCGAGAUCCCUCCGUCCUCCAUCACCCGCCAGAAGGUCAUCGGCGCCGGUGAAUUUGGGGAGGUCUACAAGGGCACCCUGAAGCGUGGGAAGAAGGAGGUGCCGGUGGCCAUCAAGACCUUGAAGGUGGGCUACACGGAGAAGCAACGGGUGGACUUCUUGAGCGAAGCCACCAUCAUGGGCCAGUUCUGCCACCACAACAUCAUCCGCCUGGAAGGGGUCGUCUCCAAGUACAAGCCCUUCAUGAUCAUCACCGAGUACAUGGAGAACGGCGCGCUGGAUAAAUUCCUACGGGAAAAAGAAGGGGAAUUUGGCGUCAUCCAGCUGGUGGGGAUGUUGAGGGGCAUCGCCGCCGGCAUGAAAUACUUGGCCAACAUGAAUUACGUCCACCGGGAUCUGGCCGCCCGGAAUAUCUUGGUGAACAGCAACCUGGUGUGCAAAGUGUCCGAUUUUGGGCUUUCGAGGGUGUUGGAAGACGACCCUGAAGCCACCUACACCACCAGCGGUGGGAAGAUCCCCAUCCGUUGGACGGCGCCCGAAGCCAUCUCCUACCGUAAAUUCACCUCCGCCAGCGACGUCUGGAGCUACGGCAUCGUCAUGUGGGAGGUGAUGUCCUACGGCGAGCGACCGUACUGGGAGCUCUCAAACCACGAGGUGAUGAAGGCCAUCAACGAGGGCUUCCGCCUCCCCGCCCCCCUGGAUUGUCCCUCCGCCAUCUACCAGCUGAUGAUGCAAUGCUGGCAGCAGGAGCGCAGCCGGCGCCCCAAUUUCGCCGACAUCGUCAGCAUCCUCGACAAGCUCAUCCGCGCCCCCGAGUCCCUCAAGGCGUUGGCGGACUUCGACCCCCGGUGAGCUGCAGAGGGAGCUGGGACCGGNNNNUCGGAGGGCCCCCCCUUCCGCUCCGUCCCCGAGUGGCUGGAGUCCAUCCGGAUGCCCCAGUACACGGAGCACUUCAUGGCCUCGGGCUACAGCACCAUCGAGAAGGUCCUGCAGAUGACCAGCGAGUGA